UGAACAAUAUUUCGUAGGUUUUAUAAUUUUGUUUUCAGAUCCAUAUACAUAGAAGCUAUUAUUGGUAAUUAUCUGUAUAGAUUAAAAAAUAAACAUUAUUCAUAUUUAUCCCGACUAAAUAAUCACUCUUAGUUUAAGUGAAUACUAAGUGCUUUAUGAAGAUACGCUCAUUAAGAUUUGGAAUUUGGGAUCUUUUGAACUCAUCGGGCAUUUUCAUAUAUAAUUUACUCUCAGUGGUAAAAAGAGAUAAUUACAGUAAUUUGUCCUAAACAUAAGGCCGUUGUGUAAUUACCACAAAAUAUUUAAGUACCAAAAAAAAUCUCGAUAACGGUCUGUUUUUUUUUACUUUUUUGAAUAUAUUGAUUCUUUCUCAUUGAAUACGAUGUAGAUAGUCUCUAGUUAUAGACACACACACUAUCUUUGUUUAACCAGCCAUGCUACACAAAUUCAAUAGUCGUCUGACACAUGCAGAACAUGACACUCUGUUGACACAGAUUAAUACCCUCAAACAAAAGAUUUUAACAGCUGAUAUUUUAAAAGUCAAUGAGAAAAUUAGUGAAGUCAACGGUUCGUAGUGAUGCUAGGAUGCAGUAUGGGGUGGCGGGUGGAGUGAAGCUGCGGAGAUGGGGGCGCUAGGCCGGUGUCCCUCAUUGAUCGUGAGCGCGCAGCAUCCCCGCAACCCGCAUCCUCUCCUCAACACAACCACAAAAUCCUACACUCCAAAUUGGAAUCGUUAGAAUUCGAGAGCUUGCCUCGUUCUUGACCUGGCUUCACAUGUAUAAUAUUGCAAUUACAAGACUCACAGAGACCUCUUAAUUCACGUAUUUUAAAAACACUUAUCUUGAUUUACGGAUUAGCGAAUUUCUAUUAUAUUCUAGUUUUAAGUUACGAAGUUAUAAAUUAACCUAAUGGAAUAUGACUAAAAUUAGUUAUAGCAUCUUAUUAAAAUCAGUCUAGGAUACAUUGUCAUACUUCAUCUUACAUAUGUCUCAUUUUAUAAAAUUUAAUUAAUUCUAACAGGCUUUCGAUAAAUUUAACAUUUGUGUCAUUAAAAAUUGCACAGGCUCUAAAAUUAGCAUAAUUAAAGUGUCUGUAGGAGUGGUACGGGACUCGGGAGUGUCGGGUGUCGGUGUGCGUCGACAGCGGGUCGGGAGCGGGAGCGAGGCGCGCGCUUGAAUGGGCGGCGGCGCGACGGCGCAGCGGCCCUCAGCGACUCCGCCAGUCCGCACACCGGCGGCUCCGCUGCCCCACGGUCGGCCGCACUCCGCUGAACAACAAUGCUCAAAAACACAACAUAACUGACAGACCCAGCGGCGGUUGCCGGCGAUGCUCGAUCGACCGGCACGCGUGGCCGUCGGUCGUAAAUAGUUUGAUUUAUGAAAGCCACAGGAGGAUUAAGUUUAAGCUGAUUAGGACUCGUGCAAGGGGCGGGAGUGCGGUGCAGGGGCCGGGGCCGGUGUCGCGGGUGUCGCGGAUCGGAAGGAUGGCGCGGCGCGGCGGCGCGGCGGCGCGCGGCGCGGGCUUGCGGCGCUGACAUGGCCCUCCGGCCGCGCCGCUCGCAGCUGGCGGCGCCCGCGGGCCUGCUGCUUCUGCUGGGCCUGCUCUGGCCGAUGGGGGUCCUCGGUGGGUACCACGAGAAGCGGCUGCUGCAUCAUCUAUUGGACCACUACAACGUUCUGGAGCGGCCCGUGGUCAACGAGAGCGAUCCGCUCCAACUCUCCUUCGGCCUCACACUCAUGCAAAUCAUUGAUGUGGACGAAAAGAACCAGCUUUUAAUAACAAACAUCUGGCUAAAAUUGGAAUGGAAUGAUAUGAACUUGAGGUGGAACACUUCUGACUUUGGUGGGGUUAAAGAUUUACGAGUGCCGCCACACAGAUUAUGGAAACCAGACGUCCUUAUGUACAAUAGUGCCGAUGAAGGUUUCGACAGCACAUAUCCGACCAACGUAGUAGUACGAAAUAAUGGGUCAUGCCUCUACGUGCCGCCUGGUAUUUUUAAGAGUACUUGCAAAAUUGAUAUCACUUGGUUCCCAUUUGAUGAUCAAAGAUGUGAGAUGAAGUUUGGGAGCUGGACGUAUGACGGAUACCAACUGGAUCUACAAUUACAAGAUGAAGCCGGUGGAGAUAUAAGCAGUUUUGUUACAAACGGAGAGUGGGAGCUUAUUGGUGUACCAGGCAAGCGAAACGAGAUCUACUACAACUGCUGUCCAGAACCGUACAUCGAUAUAACAUUCGCAGUAGUGAUCCGGCGGAAAACGCUUUACUACUUUUUCAAUUUAAUUGUACCGUGCGUGCUAAUUGCCUCUAUGGCUCUACUGGGAUUCACUUUACCGCCAGAUUCAGGAGAAAAAUUAUCUUUAGGUGUGACGAUCCUGCUAUCUCUGACGGUGUUUUUGAACAUGGUUGCGGAGACGAUGCCAGCCACGUCAGAUGCAGUACCCCUGCUCGGCACGUACUUCAAUUGUAUCAUGUUCAUGGUGGCUUCUUCGGUUGUUUCUACUAUACUUAUUUUGAACUACCAUCAUCGACACGCCGAUACACAUGAAAUGAGUGAUUGGAUACGCUGCGUGUUCCUUUACUGGCUGCCGUGGAUACUGCGGAUGUCACGGCCCGGCUCGGCGGUGACGCCGCCGCCAGCGCGCGCGCCUCCACCGCCGGAUUUGGAACUUCGCGAGCGUUCCUCAAAAUCACUCCUCGCCAACGUGCUCGACAUCGACGAUGACUUCCGGCAUGCACAUGCGCAGCAGCCACCCUGCUGCCGAUACUACAGGUCCCUCGACGAUCUACACGAACACUACUCGCCGAGCGGAGAGGAAAACGGCGCAGGUCUAACUGCACACAGCUGUUUCGGUGUAGACUACGAGCUCUCCCUAAUUCUUAAAGAGCUUCGAGUCAUCACAGACCAGAUGCGCAAAGACGACGAAGAAGCGGACAUUUCGCGCGACUGGAAAUUUGCCGCCAUGGUCGUGGACAGACUGUGCCUUAUUAUCUUUACCCUGUUCACAAUCAUUGCCACGCUAGCCGUGCUGCUGUCCGCACCACACAUCAUGGUGUCGUAGCGACCCGCCCGCCUGCGUCUGCGCAUGCGUAACGUUCUGUGAUACCGCGAAUAUUUGUUAAGUUGUGAUGUGCGAAUUGGUGCGGGCGCCGAUGCCGCGGCGCUGAAGUUGCCGCCGCCUGCUUUGCCGCCCGCGCCCCCUGUAGACAUAAGUAACCGCUGACUGCCAUCCCUACGCAUAAAUACUUAUACUGCCUGUUCAUAAUCUUCUUCUUUAAUCUUGAAAUCAGUCCUUCGAUGCCUUUGGCUUUGACUCUCUUUCAGAACAACUUGUGAUGUUUCAGCAUUGAUGAUAUUUCCCCAAGAAACCAUAACAUCAAAACCUACCUUUCUAAUAAUGAGAAUGGUUUCUAACCAAUCGACUGAAUCGAUUUCGUGGCAGUAAUAACAUAUCUGGUGCCGAUACAGCGUCGACCAGGCUUUUAGUCAUCCACGCUAGAAUAGUCGCCAUUACAGGAGAUCACAAUUUGUGACUGUGAUCGUAACCGAAAUUGUAGCACAAAAAUGUCUUCCUUCAUACCUUUUAUGGUCUGUCACGUUUAAAAUUUAUUACAUUGUUAGAUCUUCCUUGAUCCUAUGUACAGUAUAGUGAAUGGGCAGACAAAAUAAGCCCUUUGUUUUUCCUUAUUCGAUUCCGUGAAUCGUGGUUAUGGUCCCUAACUUUAUUUUCGAACGUAUUUGUGUCAGUAGCUAGUAUAGAACUUUACAAACAAUGUUGUUUCAAUUGGUACAGGUUGUGAUAUGCCUCGUUGUGAACGGGUCGAUAUUGUUAUAAAUAAAUAAAUAUCCAAAGCUAUAGCUUAAAACGCUCGUUAAAAUUGUAGUUAAUGAAAUCAUUAUUUUAUUAAAAUCGUACUUGGUCUUUCGAAACAAUGUUAUACAAUUACAAUACAUGAUAAUAUCACGUUUGUACCUACGUAACGUAAUUUUUUCGAUACAAUCGUUAGUAAUGUUAACUCUUUGAAGUUUUGGUCAUAAUAAUAUUAUGUAAUGUUAUUACCAUCAUAUCCACGACAUCGAAACCUGUUCCGCUGCAAUUGUUUACAUUCAUACAUCAUGCCCGAGCAUUCCAAGAUACUACCGAAUUACGACGUUUAAUUAUUUAUAUUAUCUACACAACAAAACAGACGACUCAAAAAAUAUGGUUAUUCAUAGAAAGCGUUUUCGAAUUUAAAUUUUAAUUUAUCAAUCAUUAUCCAAAUGUUAUACCCGCUGUCAUACACAUGUAAAUGAUUUGUUCGGAAAACAUUUCGAUCUGCCGAAAGGGAAAACGUAAAAUGAUGAUAGGAGCUGCUCGGAUACACUCAUCGAUUGAAUACUGUAUCCUCGCAGAGCUCCUCCUAUGUUUUCCCGGUCGGAGAUAACAGCUGCGGAAUCCAUAGACGUUUCUUUGGAAGUUGCGAAACGAAUAUGAAUACGUGCAGAUGUUUUCCCAUCAUCUUUAUGUUUCUUGUUGUCGACAACUAAUACGAUCAUCACAGUUGUGCAUCAAACUGUUAAGAAAACCCGCGCAUUAUUUUGUUAUCGUAUAAAAAACUAUAGGAUAAAUAAGUAAUGUGCGGUUUACUCGGCGAUAUUGGGACGUCGUUUGUCUCCAUAAAUUGUUCAAUUGUUAGGGUUAAUACUCUGAAUUGCACUUUGUUUAUUAAAUAUAAACGAACGAAAAAAAA